AUGAGCGAUCACCACGAACUAAAGUCCAGUCAUCCUUCUUCGCCUCUUUCGAGGCCCGUGAGCGAUGAGCAGCGGUCCGCAGUUGCUCCACUGCACCCUCGUCCUGUGCGAGAGCCAUACUACAAGCGGUUGAGCACACCUCUGAAUACUAGAGCCGCUUCUCCGUACACUUUGAAUCCACCUAUAGACUCGGAUGGGCUUUCCUGGCCUUCGCUCGGUGCACGUGCCCGUAUUGAGGCCACUCCAGAGGAGGCCAAGGCCAGGGAAGACAGAAUAGCCGAUGCUGUCAAAACGAUUUUGACAGAGCUGGGUGAAGACGUUGAGCGUGAAGGACUGCUGGAGACUCCACAACGGUACGCCAGAGCCAUGCUUUUCUUCACCAAGGGAUAUGAGGAUAACAUCAAGGAUGUGAUCAAGCAUGCGGUUUUUGAAGAAGAUCACGACGAAAUGGUGAUUGUGAAAGACAUAGAUAUCUACUCACUGUGUGAGCAUCACUUGGUUCCAUUUUUUGGAAAAGUGCACAUUGGCUACAUCCCAAACAAGAAAGUUCUGGGUUUAAGCAAACUUGCAAGACUGGCAGAGAUGUACGCGAGACGGUUCCAGGUCCAAGAGAGACUGACGAAGCAGAUUGCGAUCGCAUUAAGCGAGAUUCUCCAGCCACGCGGAGUGGCAGUUGUCAUGGAAGCCACCCAUAUGUGUAUGGUGAGCCGCGGGGUGCAGAAAGCGGGCGCUGUUACCUCCACCAGUUGUAUGUUGGGAUGUUUCCGUGCCCAACAAAAGACCAGAGACGAAUUCCUUACAUUAUUGGGGAGAAGAUGA